GGAGCUUUCGGGUAUUGUCACACAAUUUACGUAAAUUGGACGAAUAAAUAUACUAAUGGCUGCUGCUGCAUCAAGACGUUCCAUUGGGCAACUUCUUCAGCAGGGAUGGAACGAGAUUCCAGAGAUAUUGGCUUCUACUGGUUUGGCCUUAGUAGGAAUGGGUUUGGCUACGAUAGGAUGUUAUAAUUACGUGAAAAACGACGGGGAUAACAGAAGAUACAAGAGUACCUACGUGGUGAUGAGACCUGAUGACCCCAGAGCUAAAUUAAUUCGCAAAGAUUGAGUGUGGCAGGACAUCGCGAACGCAAUAGUGGACUAGCUGCAAUUAUGUAAUAAAGUUUCAUUCAGUUCAAA